AUGUCUGAAAAAUCCCUCCACAGGGCGAGGAUUGUAUCGAGUGUUGCUGCCACAUGUAUAUCUUUGGCAUGCGGGACCAAUUAUGUCUAUUCUGCAUGGGGUCCUCAAUUCGCGGAGAAGCUCAAGCUCUCCUCAACAGAGCAGAACCUGAUAGGAUUAUCCGGUAAUCUGGGGAUGUACUCGAUGGGAAUACCCGUUGGAAUGUUGGUCGAUGCGAAGGGACCACGACCUGCUGUGAUACUGGGCUGCCUACUGCUAGGUGCAGGCUAUUUUCCGUUACACCAGGCAUACGAUAAAGGUUCGGGGCCGAUGUGGUUGCUAUGCCUAUUCUCGUUCAUGACUGGUCUUGGUGGCUGCGCAGCCUUCGCUGCUUCUAUCAAAACAUCGGCCCUGAACUGGCCCCAUCAUCGAGGAACGGCAACCGGUUUCCCCCUGGCAGCAUUUGGGUUGAGCGCGUUCUUCUUUUCAAUGUUUGCCGGAUACAUUAUGCCUGGAUCGACUGGAGACUUCCUUCUAACGCUCGCAUGUGGGACAUUUGGCAUCGUUUUUAUUGGAUACUUCUUUCUGAGGGUGCUGCCGCACCCCCACUACUCACGCCUUCCUCGUUCGUCUGGCCUGGCGAGGGCCGACUCAAAUCGUCUCCACAGGACAAGAUCAGAGGAGGCCAAGGCCCGCACACAACGGGAGGUUGUAGAACCAGGUAGGUCUCUAUUCAUAGCCACACAUCCUCAAGACGGAGACGCCCUAAAUCGUUAUGAUGUAGGAGGAGAGGCACCCGAGGGCGUCACGUCCACUGACACAGACGAAACCUCCUCCUUGAUGUCUAAAUCCACAUCGUCCAGUUCUGGCGACCUACCUGAAGAGACCAUUGUUAAGGAUCAUGCUCAUCGUGUAGAUAUUCGAGGGAUCAAAAUGCUCCCCUUGGUUGAAUUCUGGCAAUUAUUCGCUCUCAUGGGAAUAUUGACUGGUAUUGGCUUGAUGACCAUCAACAAUAUUGGCAACGAUGCAAUGGCAUUAUGGCGCCACUACGACGACUCGGUCACUGAGGACUUCAUCACGAAGCGUCAAGCAAUGCACGUUUCCGUUCUUUCCGUAGGCAGCUUCUUCGGCCGGCUCAGUAGUGGUAUUGGAUCCGACUUCCUUGUCAAAGUUUUGAAAGCAUCUCGGUUAUGGUGCCUCACUUUCGCCUCCCUCAUAUUCCUCGCCGCUCAGCUUUUCGCACUUUCCGUCGAGAAUCCGCAUUAUUUGUUCUUCGUCUCGGGACUCACGGGACUGGCCUACGGGUUCCUCUUUGGUUGUUUCCCUUCGCUCGUUGCAGAAGCGUUUGGAAUUCAUGGCCUAAGCACGAACUGGGGUUGUAUGACAUUGUCUCCUGUUAUCAGCGGGAAUAUCUUCAACUUAUUUUACGGCAUGGUCUACGACAAGCACAGCAUUAUCAAGCCAGGAGGGGAACGGGAAUGUACAGAAGGGCUGGCCUGCUACAGAAGUGCGUACCUGGUCACAAUCGUGGCAUGCUUAUUAGGAUUCGUCGUCAGCUUGUUUAGCAUCUGGAAUACGCGCCGAUUGCGCGCAGAAGAAGAGAGGUUACGAGAUCUAGAAGAACGAGAGGCAUAA